AUGUCUUCAACUACUUUAAUUUCUGACUUGAGUUCAGCGGAUAUAGCUAAUAUAGAAUAUGAGACUGUAGUAGUACAACUUUUUAAAUGUUUUGAUGAACCUAAUAAUGGUUCUCCUUCAAGGAAUGCGAAUAAUCGUCCUCAUGCGAAAAUCAUUUGUGAGUGUCAAGCUUUUUCUAAAAACAAUUAUGAGAAUAACUGUUCAUCAGGUGAUGAUCCAUCAGUAGAAGGUGUAUUAUCACAAAAUGUAACUUUAGCAAGAGCAGAAGUGUAUGUCAUGGAG